ACGUGGACUGCAAACUAUUGCGGCUCAACAAGUGGCUUGUGGAUAGAGUAGAACAGAGUUUAGACAGACAAACAGCUGUGAUUGAAACGCUUUUCGCGCUCUUUUUUACUUUAUUUUGUCUGAAAAACUUGUUCUGAAUGUUUUAAUUCAUCGUGCAGUUCUUUUCUCACUGCUGCGUUACAUUUGACCAGACAAUCCCGGCUGUAAAGAGACUUCACCUGCGCCGGAUUUGCUUGACCUGAUUAGGUUCGCUUGUGCACUUUUAAUUGGCUGCUUUACGCAUUGAGCGAUUGAAACUCAAAGUGUGUAGUAGCAUGAUGUACAGCAUGAUGGAGCAUGAACUGAAGACCGCGGGUCAACCUCACCCCCACCAGACCAGUCAAGGGAUGUCUUCUCCGGUCAGCGUUGUUGGAAAUGCGCACCACGGAUCAAAACCCUCUUGUCCACCCGGCGGGGACCCCAUGGAUAAAGUGAAGCGCCCCAUGAAUGCGUUUAUGGUGUGGUCCCGGGGUCAGCGGAGGAAGAUGGCACAGGAGAACCCCAAAAUGCACAACUCCGAGAUAAGCAAACGCCUCGGGGCGGAAUGGAAACGUUUAACGGACACCGAGAAGCGGCCGUUCAUCGAUGAGGCCAAACGGUUGCGGGCCGUACACAUGAAGGAAUACCCCGACUACAAAUACAAACCUCGGCGCAAGACCAAAGCCCUCAUGAAGAAGGACAACCCCGUCGGUAAAUAUCCUCUCGCAGCCGGCAACCUGUUGGCAUCAGCCGUGGCACAGGGACAAGGCGGGAGCCCGAGAAUGGACGGCUAUGGCUGGGGUCACACCGGUGGUUAUAUGGGAAUGCAGGGUGAAGCACUCGGGUACCCGCAACAACUGCACCGAUAUGACCUGUCAGCUCUCCAGUACCCGCCGGCACAGACCUACAUGAAUGGCGCCAGCUCUUACAGCCAAAUGUCCUAUAGUGGCAGCCCUCAGCAGCCCAGUCCAGUGAUGUCUAUGGUUAAACCCGAACCUCUAUCCCAUUCGCCUACUGGAGUACCAAACCACCACCGUGGGGCUUUCCAAGGGGACCUGAGGGACAUGAUUAGCAUGUACAUUCCAGGUGGUGAUACCAGCGACACCUCAAACCAGAGGGCCUACCCUGGUGUCCAACAGCACUAUCUUGGUGGAACUGUUCCCCUCACUCAUAUCUGAAGUUUAGGGAAUGCUCCCUGAACUCCUAUUAGUUGGACCCUUAUUGGGACCGUAGUGCCACACAUAGACUGUAUGGAUUGAACACUUCUGAUUGUUUACUACCUCCUUGCUCUGAAUGAUCUGAAGUUGUCUGUUGAACCUGUAUAGAAAAUUUAGCUGUUUCAGUCUUUUGUUUUCUGUCUUUGCAGCUAUCACAUUUUGACCAGGCACAACUUCUCAUGACAUUAAGUUUAAGUCAGCUCAUUUCUCCAUUCCAUAUUCUAGCACAGCCAUCCUCUUUGUUCUUAAAUAGAUAAUAGAAACUAUAUUUGGUUUUUUUGUUAGUGUUCUUUUGUGCUCUGUGCAAUGUUUAGAACAUGCAUUGUUCAUGCAGCAGUGGGCAAUCAUGAUCCAAAAUCUAAUUGGUGUACAAAACAGGGUAGCAUAUUGGGAACUCCAAAAAACAGGUCAGCCAAUAAUGACUGCCGUGACCAGUGAUGGACAUGCCAUGUGACCUUGAGGAGUGUAAAUUUAGUACAUUUUAAUUUGUAUGCCCAAACUAGCUCAGCACAUGGAAUAACUGUGAUUUUAAUAACUUUAAAUCUGGUUAUUGAUCGUAAAGUGUUUUAGACAAUCUCAGGGCUUUCUUCAAACGAAUGGCAAGAGAUGACAGUAUAGAUCAGAUGUAACAUUGCCUCAUCUAAUUGGAAGUCCUUGAAACUGUUACCCAAAUUGUAAUGGAGAGGAGAAAAAAAGUCAUUUGGUCACUAUCUGCUUUGUUUUCCUACUUUAAAUAUUGGCUGUAAAUUCAUAUGUACCAUACCAGUGUGCACGUAAUAUGUUUGUGAACUAACUUUUUCUUUUCUUUUUUUUUUUUCUUUUGUAGUUCUUACAAGGAAAUUGCACUCCUGUAAAUUGUCAAUUUUAGGCAUAUUUACAGAUUGCUAAAUGUUUGUGUCAUCUAGCAUUCCAGCAUUUCCCUCUUGUGGGUCAAACUCAAAUGCACUGAUCUUCGCUAUCAGUCAAUGCACUUCGUUAGACUAGGGGUUUAUAGACAUCACCUGGUCUUUCUCAUUCUACCACAGCAUUAACCAUUACAGUAUGGUUGACCAUUGAGUUCAGAGGACUUGACUGAAUUUUUUUUCUUUUUGGGCAUGGUUUUGUUUUUGUU